GAUUUCCUAAAUUGAGAUGUCGCUGCGGUGCUAUUCAAGCCAACGAUUUGAAUCGGUGGAGUUUCUUAUUCAAUCUGCUCAUCAACUUGAAGUUACGCCGGUUGUCAAAUACACUGCUUUGUCCUUCUUUGCCGAUCGAUUUCUCCCCAGGUCAAGAAAAGAGGGGAAAGAAGUAUAUAACGUUUCUCAAUUUAGAUGGGAAUCAAAAGAGAAUGUGGAUAAACAUGAUGGGUACAGAAGUAAUGGGUUAAUUCAGGCUAAUGAUGUCGGAAACUGGCUUUUGCGACCGAUGGGUGGGGGCAAUUUUCAACUAUUUGCACUUAUUUCAAUAUGGAUAUCUAGCAAAAUACAUGAUUCUCAUCCUGUACCCUUGAAAAGUUUAAAGUCUCUAGGAGACAUGUUCAUUACGGAACAGCAUUUUACAACUCGAGAUUUCUUGGAAGCAGUAAGCUAGUUAAUAUUUCUUUGCUUUCAAAGAUUUUUUAGCCUAUUUAAUCCGUCAUGUCCACAAUGGUUCAUGUGCAUGCUCUGCAGGAGUUGGUCUUACUUCAGGUAAUUGUCCAAUAACCUCAAAAUAUCUUUGCAUCCCUCAAGUUUUGGCUGAGAUGAGUUCUGUUCAUUGAGAAGGUCCUGAAUUUUGACAUUGGGACUUCAAAUGUUGCAUUUAUGUUCCUUGAAGAGCUCUUUGUUUGGUUCAAGGGGGUGUCCAAAGUUGGGGAGCUCAUGAGCUUUGAAGCAUGCAUGGAUUUGAUGGAUCUUCUUUAUGAGAAAGAGGAGACAUCAAUACUUUUUUGUUCUCCUUGUUCUCUUGCUGCAUCCAUCUUGGCAUGUUGUACUAACUCUUUGGUAUCCAAGUCCUUUACAGUAUUGUUCAAUUUGUUAAGCUUGUAACCUUUUCAGGUCUCUUCAUAUGUUGUCACAGUACCUAAGCAGCAGUGGGAGUUUCCUGUUCUUCCCUGGGUGAAGUUUGUAACCUCAUGCAAAGAAGAGGAUAUUGUGAAGCAGGUGAAGGAGAUCCUGAAGCAUGUAUUUCAUCCUCCUUGCUAGAGUCUAGAGAUAAUAACAAAAUCUUGGUAGAGAUGUCAUCUAUUUUGAUAUUGCCCUACCUUGAGGAAAAGUUGAUAUCUUUAUCCUUAAAGACGAACACUUUGAGCCAUGUAGCUAAGUGUAAGCGGUUUAGGAAAAUAAUACUUAUAUGAAUACCAUGCUAGACAAGACGCAUUAGCUGCUUCUUGGUUAAAAAACUGGAAUCAGGUUUACUGUAAAAAGGCUAAAACCCUAUUUUGGUCCUUCAACUUUAACAAAAAGUUUUUUUUAGU